AUGGGGAUCUUGGGGGAAGACGGGGGCCUGCAGCGGCCGGCGCUGUUCUUCUUCCUGCUGGCGGCGGGCCUCGUCUUCCUGGACCCGCUCCGGCUGGGUCCCUUGGGACAGCACGAGUUCAGGCCCGUCAAGCACGACAUCGCGCCUUACGCGGAGGUGAUGACGGGGUGGCGGGGGGACCGGGAGGGGCGGCUGCGUGCAGGGAGGCGGGAGUUCGCCGGCGAGGUCUUCGGCCCCGAGUCCAUGGAGUUUGACCUCGACGGGCGGGGGCCAUACACCGGCCUCGCCGACGGCCGCGUCGUCCGCUGGAUGGGCGACGCCGCAGGGUGGGAGACCUUCGCCCUCGUCACUGGAAACUGGUGAGCCUCCUCCUCCUUCUUCCUUCUGCCGCCCGGUAGUCUAACGCAGCGGUGGCGGCCGCGGGCAUGUGAAGGUCGGAGGAGGAGUGCGGGAGCGGCGAGGCCUCGACGACGAGGAAGCAGCACGGGAAGGAGGAACUCUGCGGGAGGCCCCUCGGCAUGCGGUUCGACAGGAAGACGGGGGAGCUGUACAUAGCCGACGCCUACCACGGGCUCAUGGUCGUCGGGCGUGGCGGCGGCGUCGCCACCCCGCUGGCCACCCACGCGCAGGGGAAGCGCAUCCUCUUCGCCAACGACCUCGACGUCCACCGCAAUGGGUCCGUCUACUUCACCGACACCAGCGCCAGAUACACCAGAAGGUGAGAGAGUCCUCAAACCCUUCCCACUUCGCUUUCUCCUCCUCUCACCGGCGGUGGUGGCUCGUCGGAGCAGGAACCAUUUCCUCAUACUGCUGGAAGGGGAGGCCACGGGGAGGCUGCUGAGGUACGACCCGCCGACGAGGACAACCCACGUCCUGCUCACCGGGCUGGCCUUCGCCAACGGAGUGCAGCUAUCGGAAGACCAGACCUUCCUCCUCUUCGCCGAGACGACCAACUGCAGGCAAGCCAAGCGAAGCGCCACCCACCCACCCACCCACCUCCUCUUCUUCCUCGUGAAAACCCUAAUCGCAGGCCCUUAAUUCCGGCGGCAGGGUGAUGAGGUACUGGCUGGCUGGGCCGGCGGCGGGGAAGGUGGAGGUGUUCGCGAACCUGCCGGGUUACCCUGACAACGUGCGGGGGAACGGAAAAGGGGGAUUCUGGGUGGCCAUCGACUGCUGCAGGACGCCGACGGCGGACUUCCUCUCCCGAAAUCCAUGGCUGAGGAGCGUCUACUUCCGGCUGCCCCUCCGGCUGAGCUUCCUGGCAAAGCUGGUGGGGAUGAAGAUGUACACCGUGCUGACCCUCCUCGGCGGAGACGGGGCCACCCUGGAGGUGCUCCAGGACAGGCACGGCAAGGUGGCCAAGCUCGUCAGCGAGGUCCGCGAGGUGGACGGCAAGCUCUGGCUCGGCACGGUGGCGCACAACCAUAUCGUUACCCUCCCCUAUCCUCCCCCAACUUUGACAAAGGGGGAAGAAGACGAAGAAAGCUAG